UAUCAGCGUGACAGCGUCAUUCUGCGGUCUGCCAAUGGUCAUUUCGUUGUCCUGUCCACUUCUUGUCACUUGUUCAAUAAUAAAAUCCACGUGGUUGGUGUUACUCGUUUUGAAGAUAGUUAUUUAAUCAUAAAGUACUUAUUGUUUUAAAGUUUUAAAGAUGCAGGAGGCACAGUCUAGUGAUUACGAGGAAAAUAUAAGUGUUAAGGUUAAGUCAGUACGAUUUUCAGAUGUUCCACAAAUAAAUACUAUUAGCAGUGAAUCCAGUAAAGAGGAAGAGGAUCUCGAUUCAGACGAUUACUAUCAUGAUUCAGAUGAACCGAGUUAUAAUAAAACGAAAAGCAACGUCAACUCUCAAGCGCCAUCGAGUAAAAUCACCACGUUCCAGCCUAAAGAAAAAUUGUUUAAAAAAUUCGUCAACAAAAUAAAUGUAGAUCAAUAUGAACCUAUGUCAAGAAAAACACAGCAGUUCAUGGAUAGGAGUGAUAGAAAACUCGACAAUGAUAGAAUAAGAAUCAAGGAUAAAAGAGACAGAGCUACGGCCGAGCAAGUUAUGGACAGUAACACCAGGUUGAUCUUAUUUAAACUCCUUAACAAAGGUGUCAUCGAUGAAAUCAAUGGUUGCAUAUCCACAGGCAAAGAAGCCAAUGUUUACCAUGCUACCUCUAAGGAUGGAGAGGACUAUGCUAUUAAGAUCUUCAAAACCUCCAUCCUAGUGUUCAAAGACAGAGAUCAAUAUGUAACAGGUGAAUUCAGAUUCAGAAACGGUUAUUGUCGAUCUAAUAACCGAAAGAUGGUCCGCUUAUGGGCUGAAAAGGAAAAGAGAAAUCUUGAGCGGAUGCACAAGGCAAACUUAAAUGUUCCAGAGCCAAUACUUUUACGAGGCCAUGUGCUAAUAAUGUCAUUUAUGGGAGAAGAAGGAUGGCCUUCACCAAAACUAAAAGAUGUUGAAUUAACUGAGCUUCAAGCUGAAACUAUGUACAAAGACAUUAUAAGAAUGAUGUGGAAAAUGUUUAAUAUCUGUAAGUUAGUGCAUGCGGACCUGUCAGAAUUCAACUUAUUGGUACACAAAGGUAAAGUCGUCAUUAUCGAUGUGUCCCAGUCCGUGGAACAUGGCCAUCCGCGUGCAUUCUUGUUUUUGCGGAAAGAUUGCGUAAAUAUAUCAACGUUCUUUAGGAAAAAAGGGCUUGCAACAUUAACAGUGAAAGAGUUAUUUGAUUUUAUCACUGAUUCUACUAUAAAUGAGGAUAAUUUGGAGGCAUGUCUUGAUAAAUUGAUAGAAAUGGCAGGUAAAAGGGAUCUUAACAAUAUGACUGCUCAGGAACAGAUUGAGGAAGAGGCUUUCAAGAAUAUCUACAUUCCUAAAAGACUGACAGAGGUAAUAAACUAUGAACGAGAUAUCAACAAUGCAAAGAAGGGUGAUACAGAAGAUUUACCAUACAAGAAGAUAGCUGGCUUCAAAGAGGAUUUGUCAGCAGCGGACAAACCUGACAUAUUGCAAGAUGAAGCUGCAAUACUGCAAGAGGAUGAUGUCAAUGAGGAAGAAGAAUCCAACUCGGAAAGUGAAUCAGAGGAAGGAGAAGAAGCGAAAAAACAACAUAAGAACUUCGCUCGCCCCCGAAACGAAUCACCAAACAGUAAGAAGUUACGAAAAAAAGCCGUAAAGAUGGCACAAGCUGAAAAACGAAAAAACAAAACAAAGAAACAUAUCAAGAAACGACGUGACAAAGGAACAGGAAAGAGAUAGAUGUACUUUUUGUUUCAUCUUUAAAUACGAGACCACCAUUUAACUGUUCACUUUAGGUGGAUCUUUAUUGGUAAUUAUUGAAUAACUUUAGCGCUACAUAUGAACUUAUAACAAAUUGUAGAAUUUAAAACUCAGGUGAACUUAAUUACUCAUUGGCUUUAAUGUAAUCAAUAUGUGAUAUUUAUCAUAAAUAUUAACUAAUGUCUUCGUCACACGGAGCGGUACUACUGAGGGCGUAGUACGAGUUUGUUUUAUGUUUAAAGUAGGUAAUCAAAAUGAGAUUGGCCGGCUCCGAUGAACCAACCAAUCAGUUACGUACGUAGAACCAACUUGUACUAGGCCCUCAGAGCACAGAUCGGUACUUAGUACAAUCCUUACAUAUUUUAUCUGAGAUUAAGAUUAGCAGCUGUAGCCAAAUGCCAUUUAACGCUUGUCUACAUGUAGAAUAGAAAACCAAAUUAUAUGGGAUUGACGUAAAUUUUGACAAUUGUCGGUGUCACUGUCAACCCCAUACAUUAUGGUUUCUACUCUCUCUGUAGACAAGCGCUAAAGUGUCGUUAGGCUAAAUGCCCAGUAUUGUCAAUUUGUCAAUAAUAUGAAAGUCAUACUAUUAGUUACUAUAAAGUCAUGUUAUAACAUCACAACUUUAUGUGCCAAAAUUACCAUGAUGUUAAAAUUCUAUUUAUUUAACUAUCAUCAGUAAUUCUACAAUAUUGUUGUAGGUUUGUAUUGAUUCUCAUAUUUAUCUAUCUGAACAGGUGAAUUGGUGGUUCUAAUACAUAAAAUAGUAUUAAAAAACUUUCCUUUUUUAAGCUUAUGUCCAGGUGUCACAUAGAAAAGACUUGUGUAUAUAAAAUUGCAGGUUUUUAUUUAAAUAAUGUUUAAUUUUUUAAAAUUUUGUUCAACGUUGAGUUGGAAAUAAAAUGUCUACUAUUAUGAAUUUAUUAAUAAGAAUG